AUGCCAGCUCCAUUUAAACCGGGUAACGCUAAGAAAGGUGGUACUCUAUUUAAGACCAGAUGUUUGCAAUGUCAUACUACGGAACAAGGCGGACCACACAAAGUUGGUCCUAACUUGCACGGUGUAUUCGGUAGAAACUCCGGUCAGGCCGCAGGGUACUCCUACACUGAUGCGAACAUCAAGAAGAACGUUCUAUGGGACGAGCAAAGCAUGUCGGAUUAUUUGGAAAACCCAAAGAAAUACAUUCCCGGUACCAAGAUGGCAUUUGGUGGAUUAAAGAAGGAAAAGGACAGAAACGACUUGAUUACCUACAUGCUCAAGGCUUGUAAAUAG